GAGGAAGGUAGGCUCUCUGCUAAAGAACCAGUGGCUGCAAAAAGCUAUUAAAUAUGCAGUUUUGGGCCCAUGUUUGUAAGAUGAAUAAUUUUGAAAGGAUCAGUGAAACAGAAUAAUUUCAUACCUGAUUUUUUUUGGGGGGGAAAGGUGAAUUAUAGACUAUUUGGUUCUCAGUGCUGAACUGUGUUUGAGAUCUUGGGAUGGGGUUGUUGGAUUAGUAGUAGGAACAGCAGAGUCAACAUCGCCACAGCUUAUGGUUCCCAUUCUUCUCCUGGUUGGAUGGAUUGUAGGCUGCAUCAUCGUGGUUUAUAUCGUCUUCUCUUAGAAAAGCAAGAAGACUUCAGGCUGAUACCACUUAGAAGAACUAAGAAAAACAUGAACAUGAUUGAUCAUUAAAGGUGUCUCAUAUUAAACAGCUGCAGUGUUUCGUAUCCUCUGGAAGCUAGAAUUUGUUUGCCUAAGAAUAUCUUAGAAACUUGAUCCAAUUACAGAUAUAAAAUAUAAGAAAAUU